AUGACUGUUAAUAUCGCCAGGAAAUUCGUCGGUUCCGUUAAAGACGAUUGGCAAUUGUAUAGUGACCGUUCCACGGACUACACUAUCGGAUCUCCCAUCGGUUUCGGAGCAUCAUCUGUGGUAUAUGCUGCUGUAUACAACCCUCCCCCGCCAGGGCCACAACGCCCUAUGCCAUGCGCGUUGAAAGUUCUUGACUUAGACGUGCUGCCCCCUCAGUCGCUGUCUUUGUUACAGCGGGAGACACAACUCAUGUCCCUGUCAAAACACCCAAAUGUACUACGUGUACGUGGCAGCUGGAUGGUUGGCCACAAAUUAUAUAUUGCCCUCCGCCUCAUGAACAAAGGUAGCGCCGCCGAUAUAAUGCAUUACGGUUGGCCCGGUGGAAUGGAAGAAGAGGUUGUUAAAUGCAUCCUCAAGCAAGCCCUUGAAGGCCUCAACUACCUGCAUAUUAACGGAUUUAUCCAUCGCGACAUAAAAGCUGCCAAUCUGCUUAUUGAUGAUGACGGCACCGUUUUGCUAGGCGACCUUGGGGUAGCCGCAUCUCUCACAGAUGAUGCUGAUAUGUCCAGUAGAUCUUACAAUGACACUGGCAAUCGUGUUAUCAACUUUGACCCUGUGUCUCCUGCAAAUAGCUCCUAUCCUGCAUCCCCACUUGCGCGUCCUGGUAUGGGAAAGCGACAAUCGUUUGUCGGGACCCCCUGUUGGAUGGCGCCCGAGCUUAUUCAGGGUCAUCGUUAUGAUUCGAAGGCUGACAUCUGGUCAUUUGCAAUAACUGCUAUCGAGCUUACCCAAGGUCGUCCUCCACGAUCGAGAGAAAGUGCUCAUAAUGUCCUUUUGCAAACCGUUCAGGGUAAACCGCCGAAGCUUGAUUCGGUAGGGGGUGUUCACCGGUAUUCACGCGCCUUCAAGGACGUAGUCGAUGCCUGUCUGGUAAAAGAUCCCUCUAAACGUCCAACGGCUGCGAAGUUGCUUCUCACCCCAUUUUUCAAGUCUGCCAAGAAGAAAUCCUAUCUGGUCAGCACAAUAUUAGACGGCCUCCCGCCCCUUACAAUGCGCCAAGAACGUCGCAGACAUCAUCCAAGCACGGUUACUCAUGGAACAGUGGAAUCGUGGGACUUUAACUCUACAGAGACAAAUUCA